UAGCUCGUCGUCGUCGUCGGACGGGUCGGGAGCGGAGGCGGGGCGGUCAGGUGGGUGGGCGGGCGGUCGGAGUGCACCGCCGUCGACACAAUACAAUAGCGGACCGCGGCUCGGUACGGAGCGGCCGAAAAGUAGCCGUGUACUUGCGUCCGCGGUCCGCGUUUUCGGACGCAUCGACGUCGAUCGCUGUUGCCGGCACCCGUUAUUCGUCAUUGUGUAUUUUUUUUUUUUUUUUUUUUUAUUCAUUACACAUUCCCAUUUCGUUUUCUCUUCCUAAGAAUUUUUUUUUCCAUACCACUCCGCCGCGCACACCGCGCUACUAUUACUAUUACUACUACUACUACUCCUACUACUACUCUACUACUACUACCACUACCACUACCGCUUCCACUACCACUACCCCACUACAAUACUAUAUACCGUAGUAGUACGGUCGGCGCGCACGGCACACACACACACACACACUCGCGCUCGAGCUCCGUGACCGUACACGCGUAUUAUAUACACGCACGCACACACACACACUCACACACACACACAUAUAUGUAUAUAUAUAUAUUAACGGGAAGAACCACUCACGCUCGCACUAACACGUACGAGAAGCGCACACACGCGCAUGCACGAGCACCGCGGCCCGACGUCAGAAUGGUUGGACCGUCGUAGCAGCACUGCUAUCUUAUUGUUAUUAUUAUUAUUACUAUUAUUAUUAUUAUUAUUACUAUUACUAUUAUAUGUUGUUCGUGCGGUAGCCCCGAUUAUAAGCAAAAAAAAUAAAAAAAAAUAAUGAUAUUGUUGUCUCGUUGUCGCGUCGAUCAUCGUCGGUGCGUCGUACGUCGGGUGUAGCCGGCUAUUAUUUUGGGUUUUUCGUUGUUAUUGCGUUCUCGUCGCGUUCCGUUUCGACAACAAUUAAUGUGAUACCGCCGCCGCCGCCGCCGCCGAGUUCGCAUCACUAUCGACGAUAACGAGACACCGUCCACCGCCGACGACGACGAAGACAACAACAACAACUCCAGCGGACUCGACUUCCGAACGUCGUCGCCAACGUACAGCGAUCGCCGUAUACGCUAAUAAAUCCUGAUAAUAACAAUUAAUCGUUGUGUCCGACGGGCGUUCGCACGCGUGUGUAGUUUUCGUGUGCCGUGACGUCGUCUCGACCGCACCAUAGGUGCCCGUCGAGCGGCUCUCGCCAGUCCGUCGUUUCGUCGCCGACGACUCCGCCAGAAUAUUAUCGCGAUUUAUUAUCGUCGUCCGCCGACCGUUUGUCGCGUGCGACCGCACGUAAAGCUCUCAUCGCCGUCCCCCCGCGACCACCGUGUGUGUCAGGUGUCGCGCGCGCGUUCGUCUCAGAUCGUGUCCCGCUCUCGUCUUCGGGCCGGUGUCUAAUGUCGACAUCACCACGAUCGUUGCGCGAACGCCGUACGGGAAACGGAGAUUUUUGUCGUUCGUCCAGUAGUAGUGACUGUCGCCCCGAAGCGUACGACCGUCUCGCAGAUGUCUGCUGCUGAUCCUGCCGUCGUUUGGACAAAGUGCCAAUCGCCGUCUGUCUGUUGAUCAGCAUACAUCCCGAACGACGGUGUCGCAAGCGCUGUCAGAAACACCACCAGUCAAAAGCAAACCAACAUGGACUUAAGACACAUAUUGUUAUAGCGAACAUAAAAGUGUCAAAAAGGAGAUGGCAAGAUUGAGCAGUGCAAAUGUAAAACUUGUAUUCUUCUUGUUGACUGUUUUAUUUCCUGUCACCUUAACUAAAGUCCAAUUUAUAGAUACUCGCUAUGAUACUGUUUACGCCUGUGAAGGAAAACCUCUUAAAUUGGAAUGUAAAGAUGGUGAAAUCAUUCAUUUGGAUAGAGCUAUAUAUGGUAGAUAUUCUAUUACUGUUUGCAAUGAUCAUGGUAAUACGGACUGGAGUGUCAAUUGCAUGUCCACAAAUACUUUACCAUUACUGCAAGCCAGAUGUAAUGAAAAAAGAAAUUGCAGCAUACAAGCAAAUACAAGUUUAUUUUCUGAUCCAUGUCCCGGUACUAUGAAGUAUCUUGAGGCACAAUAUCAUUGUGUUCCUGCAUCACUAUCAACUACAACACUCAGACCAAAUCCUCCUUGGUUAAUAACAUCUCAACCCAGUGUUUGGAAUGCAGAUAAAUUAUUGACUCUGAAACCGGCUACACCAAUUCCACCAAUUUUGUCAUCUCCACAAUUAGAUGAUAUUGUUGGACCUAGUGUUGAAGAAGAGCCUGUGUCAGUUUCUGUGACUACUACAAGUACAAGUACUGCUGCUACGCCAGAAGUUUCUAUUGUUGUUAAUAAUUAUAAAGAAAAUAAUUCCAAGACUGAUAAUGAACAACACUUACAAUCAACAGGCGCAAUAACAACAGAAUGGAUUGUACCAACUAGUGACUUACCACCGCAGUUAAGCAUAAUUGAUGUUGAAGGAAUGGACGAUAGAUUAUCAUUCUCAUGUCCUCCUGAAACGUCAAGAAGUUUAUUUUGGAAUUGGACUAAAUCAGGAGAAGAAGCUGUACAACCAUGUCCUGGUGGUGCUGCUGGUCUUGCUAGGUGGAGAUGUCAAACAUAUAUUAAAGGAGUAACAUUUAGAUCACCUCCUACACCAGAUCUUUCAGAGUGUCGUUCAGUAUGGUUAUCAAGUUUAGAAAGUAGACUUCAUCAGGGAGAUUCUAUUAUUAGUAUUGCAAAUGAUUUAUCGCAGGUAACUGACAGUAAACCAUUAUAUGGAGGUGAUAUGAUGACAACAACAAAAAUGUUACGAGAUGUCGCUCAAAAAAUGGAAAAAGAUAUGAUUACUUUUCCUGAUAAGCAACAACAAGAAGCUAUGGUUACUGAUUUAUUACAAUGUGUGGUGCGAAUUAGUAGCAAUUUGCUUAAUGCUUCUCAAUAUCCUUCAUGGAAAGACUUGACGUUUAGUGAACAAAUGCGUGUAGCCACAAGUUUAUUGAUUGGUCUAGAAGAGAAUUCAUUUCUACUUGCUGAUAUAAUGAUGAAGGAAAAGACAAUUACUCAUAGUGUUCAAAAUAUCUUGUUGAGUGUUAGAGUUAUUGCUACACAAAAUGUUGACACCGAAGUAUUUCCACAUUCUAAUACAGGAUUUUUCAUGAACAAUACAUGGUUACAAUUGCAUAGAACAGCAUUGCUUGAGAAUAGUGAAGCAGGAUUCAUACGACUUGUUUACAUAGCAUUUGAUAGUCUAGAAACUAUUUUACAACCUCAAUCAGCCAAUGGGGUUCGAAUAAUAAAUAGUAAAAUUAUAUCAGCAUCCCUUGGUAAAGGAAAACAUAUUCAAUUACACCAACCAGUAAAGUUAUGUUUUCAACAUCUCCAGAUCGACAAUGUUAGUAAUCCUACUUGUGUAUUUUGGGACUAUACAGAAAAUGGUUGGUCAGAGGAAGGAUGUUCUGUUAUAUAUUCAAACCAAACUCAUACAUUAUGCAAAUGUAAUCAUUUGACAAAUUUUGCAAUAUUGAUGGACCUUAAAAAUUCUGGCAGUGAACCUUUAAGCAUUGCAUCAAAUAAUAUGGUCAUGUACAUAAGUUGCAUAUUUUCUGGAAUUUGUUUUCUUUUGGCAGCAAUUACUCUACAAUUAACUGUUAAAUCUAAUCGAACAGUCAUUUUGAAAAAUGUAUUUUUUUGCCUUUUCUUGGUUGAAUGUUUUUUUAUGUUCGGAAUUACACAAGAAAAUAUUGUAUUUAUUUGUACAAUUAUGGCAGCAAUUUUACAUAUAUUGUUGCUGUGUUCAUUUACGUGGACAUUAAUUGAAGGGUUCCAUUUAUAUGCUACAUUAAUUGAAGCAUUUGACUCAGAAAAAUUGCAAAUGCGUUUAUAUUAUUUAGUUGGUUAUGGAGUUCCAUUAACAGUUGUUAUUGUAGCUUGUUAUAUGGAUAACACUUAUAUCUAUAACACAAAUAAUUCUUUCUGCCUUCAAGCAAAUACUAUUAUUAUUUAUAGUAUAAUGUUUGUAGUUUCAGUUAAUCUAGUCUUUCUGUGUCUGUCAUUAUAUAUUAUUAAAAGUAAUUCUUCUAUGAUGUCGGUCAAAUGCAAAGAAAAUGUUAAAAUAACAUCUCUGAAGAUGUGGUUGAAAAGUGCUAUUUUAUUAUUUGUUUUCAUAACAUCUACGUGGACAUUAGCAUUUCUAUAUAUAGCAUCAUAUUCAACAUUUAUGUUGUAUGUAUUUUCAGCAGUAAAUUGUUCACAGGGAUUGUUAAUAAUAAUACUUUAUUGUAUUAAAAACAAUUCAGUGUAUAAAGUUUUUUCUGAGUUAACAAUUAUUUCAUUUUUACCAUGGCAAUGUUGCUUAAUAAAUUCUACACCAGAAUUGAAUCUCAAUUAUAAGAAUCAAAGGACUAGUUUAUAUGGUACAUCAGUUGGCCAAAACAGUCAAGGUAGUAUAGCCGAGUCUUCAACACCAAGAUCAUUGUCAUCUCAUAGAAUGAAUACAUUCCAUCAACCUCAUGAGCGACAUGCUGUGACUAAAGUGGUUGAUAUCCAAAAUGAAAUGGACUUGCCAAAUUUGGAUAAUACAAUAUGUAAUGAAGAUCCAAAAUCUGGAAUAUGUGGUGCAACGUUACCCUACUCCCGUUCUUGCCAAAAAAGUUAUUCACGUACCAAAUUGCCAAAAAAUACUGCUGUAUUUACUAGUGGUACUCUUCAUAAACAGUCAUCACAGAGCAAACCAAACAUCCAAGAUAACUGUUUUACUCUAAACAAACCUACUUAUGUACAUAGUAAUCGUGGAGCACCUAACAUAUGCUCACUUCGAUGUAAUACUAUUGGUGAUGGUUUUGUUGACAACAAUUGUUCUUCAAAAAAAUACAUUGGAGUAAGUGGUGUACGAGCAACUAGUCCGUGGAAUCACACAUAUUCUGAAAUUAUGGGAGGUAUAUCCGCGUCUGCUGGAUUAGAUGAUCCAGUGUACGAAGAGAUAGAACGAGAACGCGAACGAGAGCGGGAACAAGCUGCUCUUGUGUCGGAUUUAAGCGAUGAAGAUGGUCGACGAAACAGUGAUAUGAGUCGACAGUCAUCGAAGAGUUAUGGAGAUCAUAGGCCACUUAUUAUGGCUCCCACUCAAAAUCCAGAAACUCAUAAUUUUCAUACAGCUCUCAAUGCAGCAUUUAGACAGCAGCUUAAAGAACAAACAGCCAGAACAAUUGCUGUACUUGAUGGACAAACCGUUGUGUGUCAUUUGCAACCAGAGCAAAAUGAUGUGUUUAACUCUCAGACUAUUCAACAUUAUUCAUAUGAAUGUUGAUGGCCUAUAAUAGAGGGUACCUAUUAAAGAUUCUCGUUAUGUGUAAAUUAACUUUACUACUGCUAAACCUAAACAUGACUCUAUAAAAGUUACAUUUAAAAUAAAUAUGAAUAUAUUUAACUUAAAAAUUAAAUUAAAUAAUAAUUUUGAUAGGUAAAACUUACUUUGUUUUGAUGGUUAUUUCUUCUCUAGUUGAUAUUGACAUAUGAACAAUUUCUAUAAUUCACACUUGGACAAAAAUGAGAUGUAAUUCUCAUAUAAUCUAUUCAAAUUUCUUAACAUUAUCUAUUAUAUCUAUUCAGACUAUAAUAUUUAUUAAUAAACAAUUGUAGAUAGGUCAUUCAGAUUUUUGGUCUCAAAAAAAACUAUUUUUUUUUUUAACAUACUUGUAUUAAUUUAAUAAUGAUAUUCCUACAUAAAUUAGCAUUUUAAUUUUCCAUAAUUGCCCAAUCAAUUUAUUUUAAAAUCAACUAAUUACACGGUAAAAUUCUUUAUUGGAUAAUUAUUAAUUGUGGUACCUAUAUUAAUAUUAGAGAAAUAAGUUUGAUAGAAUCUGAUGUAAUAUCGUCUAGUCCUUAAAACGAAAGCAAUAAAUUUAGAUCUUAUUCAAUAACUUAAUUGAUAUCAAAACAUGCAAUAAACAUAAAUCUGCAAUAAAUUAUUAGUAUUAAUUAAUCUUAGUUUUUAAUUAGAAAAUAUUUCAUUGACAUGCAAAUUUAGUAUUAUUUUUAAUUAUUUGAAUACAAAUAAUAAGUACCUAGAAUAUUAUAAAUUUGUAUAAUUUUCUCAAAAGGUAUACCAUUAAUUUCAAUAUUAUUUUCCUAUAUAUUACCAUUUUUAUAUAGUUUAUACUCAACAUUUAUAUAUUCCUGAUUCUAAAGUACUUUAUUGUAUACAUAUAAUAUAUAAUUUAACACUUGAAAUUGUUCCCGACAUUGAACACUAACUCAUAGUAAAAGGUUGAACAUAGUAGUAUUAAACUAAUCAUUAAUUAGAAAUUAGUAUAAUAUUUUUAUAAUUUGGAGGACAUGAAUUCAAAUUAUUAAUUUCCAACGAUCAAAAUAAUUAUUAUUAUUUUUUAUCAAUACAUUUUGAAUUUUUGUUCAUUGAAAAUAUUAAAUAUAAUAGUUAACUCAAAUAAUUAUAUAGUAAUUAUUUAAUGACAACUAAAUUUAUGGAAUAAGUGAGUUCAAUAAAUCUUUUUGGAGGAUUUCAAUCUAUUUUCACAAUGCUGUUACUAAGUUUAAAUGAAUUUUAUUGUUUACUUAAAAUGUCUUUAAUCUCUAAUGGUUUAUUUUUUAAUUAAUUUCAUCCUAUAACUUUUAUCUUUAGUCAUUAUUUACCUAUUUUAUUUAUUUUUGAAAUAAAUUAUUUUUUUUAGAUUCUCGAUGAAUUUAAGUUUUAUACUGAUAAAAAAUAAAGUCUAUGUUACAUUUUUAGCUUACAAUUUAAUAAUUUAACCAUGUACUAUUUAAAAAUGUAUUUCAUAAUUUGCUUUAAACGUUCCUAAAUAGUUUUAUUCUUCUCCGAUGCAUUGUGAAUUUUAAUAUUUUAUUGUCUAUAUUUUCAUUGAGACUGAUCGAGAGUUGAGACUGGCUUUUCAGUUUGUAUGUCUUAUCAUCAAAUAGCCGUAUGAACAUUUCCAUUUUUAAAAUAUUGUAAAUACAAAUAAUCAUUCAGUUAUUAUACAGAUCUUAACUAUUUGUAAUAUUAAAAAAUUAAUCAAUCCAGGAUUAAAAAAAUUAAAAUUCUCUAUAAUUCAUUACCUCAUAAAACAUGAUCCUCCAUUUGUAGUAAAAAUUAAUUGUAUUCAAAGUGAUUAAAAAUAUAUAUUUAUAACCUCUCUAGGAUUUUAAUUAUAAUUAAAUGUUAGUUUAAGAUCUAGGUAUUAUGAUAGAAAUUAAUGAUAAUAGUAUAAUAAUUAAAACAAGUUAUUAGUGAUAUUUUAACUUACAAGUCAAUGAUAUUAUUUGACCAAUGAUGAGAUUUUUACAUUUUUACAGUUUGUAAAACAAACUCUUUCUUAAAUGGAGGCUCACAGAAGUACAUUAAUUUUAUAUCUUUUCAGUUUUGAGAAGUUAUAAAAACUGUAGAUUUAGAAUACUUUUCCCUUUUUCAUUCAAUUUUAUUAGGAAACAUUUUGAACUGAUAUCAUAACUUUAGUUUUAUUUAAUUAUUUCCGUGAAUAAUAAAACAAUUUGAAUUAAGUGUGUACUUAAUUAAAUCAAAAAUUGUUGUGUUCUUAUAAUGUCUAAUUACUUUCAUUUUAUUUUAAAUAUAAAUGUUAAUUUGCAACCAUUUUCCUAGCAAAGUAAACAAUGCAGCUCAUGAAUAUAUAUAUAGAAAAGUUAACUACAGCUUUAUACAAUUUUACCCAGAUUUAAGCCUUAAUAUAAAUCAUACAUUUUUACCUUUAGAAUUUGCUUAGUAGACAAAUUGUAUUGGAAUUUUAUUCUUCACACCUUAAAAUGUUAUCAAAAUUAAUAAUUUAUGUUUAUAUUUAUAUACAUUUAUUUUAUUGCAUAAAACACAUACGCUAUAUGAAUGAUAUUAUUAAAAUCAAAACUGAAGUAUGUGUAUUUGUUAAAAUUUUAUAGUUUUAAAAUGCUUGUUUUAAUCAUGUUAAACUUUUUUAAAGAAUUGAUUAACAUACUCCCAAUCCUCACUACUUCAUUACUUUAAGAUUAACUGUAAGAAUAUAUUAUAGUCUGUAUUUGAUUAGAUAUUGUGUACUCAUAUAAGUUAUAUUAUUUUUAUAUACUAAGUAAAGACAUGGCCAAUAAUGUAUUUUAAAUUUAAUAUUGCUUGUUAUCUAUUAUGUUAUUUCAUUUAAAAUAUAAGCAUUUGGUCCUUAGAACUAAGUGCUUUAUAUAAUGUUUACAUAAUAUUAUGAUUUAUAUAUUGUUUAAUAACUGCAUAUUUGCGAGUUGAAAUUUCAAAAUUAUUCAAACAUUUCAAACAUUGUAUUUUUUUUUUUUUUUGUAUGUAUCAAUUAUUAUUAUUUAAUUUAUUUUUUAUUCACUUUUAUACUUGUAUUAAACUCAGUAUUAGGUGUUUUUAUAAUUCAUAGUUUUCAACAAUGUAACCAUUGAAGUAGUUAUAUAAAGAGCCAAAAUGUUCUUGGCGAAUUGUUGUAAUUUAGGUAUUAAAAUCAAUGAAUUUAAUGUAACUUUUUCAUGCUAUUAAAUGCUCGUAAUGAUAAAUGAAUUAUGCGGGUGGUAUUACACUUAACGUCUAUAAGAUAUAUGCAUUAUAAAAAUUACUUUGUAGCUCAUGUUGGUUAAAUGGUUUAUGUAGUUGUAUAUAGGUUAACUUUGAAUGUAAUGAGUAAUAGGUAUCCUUAUUACAAUAGGUUUGUCAUUAUUAUACAUGAUUGACGUAUGCUGUGAUCAUAUACAUUAGUAUUAUAUUAAUAUAAUUAACGUGUAAAAAUUUGUACUAUAAAUUAUAUGAUUAGUUUUAAAAAAAAUCCAAUUAAUUUUGUAUUCAGCCCUCUCAUUUUUAUACUCGUUCUUUUUAUUUUACGCAAACAAUACAGUAAUGUGUAUAUAAUGUAAAUCAAAAAUGUAUACAGUUAUAGAAUAUAAGGUUCCUUUUUGUUUCUUUUUAUUUGUAUUAUUUGUGUCUUAAUAUUUCAGAUUUAAAUACAUGAAUAUGAUUCCGAUCA